AUGAGAAACCAAUCUAAGUGCCAUUCUCUGAAAAUAAAAAAAGGACGCCUUAAUCAAACUAUAAUUGACACAGGGGAGCGCUUUGGUGGUGUUGAGCGAUGGGGAAACAAACCUCACGAAUUUGGGAUGCGAAGGCUAGCUGGUACUAGCGCGGAUGGUGCCAUGAGAAAUUGGUUUGUAAGAGAAUGCCGCUCGUUGGGUUGCGAUAUUAAAGUUGAUCAGAUAGGCAAUAUUUUUGCAAUUUUUCGUGGUAGAGAAAAGGGUAAACCUACCGCUAUUGGGUCACAUUUGGACACACAGCCUCAGGCUGGUAAAUACGACGGAAUCUUAGGUGUGCUUGCGGGCUUGGAGGUUCUGAGGACCUUCAAGGAAAACGACUUUGUUCCUCAUUAUGAUGUUUGCGUUAUCGUUUGGUUCAAUGAAGAAGGAGCUCGCUUUACGCGUUAUUGUAUGGGUUCCAGCGUAUGGGCUGGGACUUUAGACCUAGAAGAAGCUUAUGGUAUGCUAUCCGUUACAGAUGUGAAAAGGGAGUCAGUACGUGACUCAUUACUCAAUAUUGGUUACUUAGGUGAUGCGCCGGCGUCAUAUCUCGAAAAUGGAAUUGAUGCUCAUUAUGAGCUUCACAUAGAGCAGGGGCCAGUACUGGAGGACGAAGAAAAAAAAAUUGGUGUUGUUACUGGAGUCCAAGCCUGUUACUGGGAAAAAUUCACUGUCUUUGGGAUCGGUGCCCAUGCAGGCACUACACCAUGGAGAUUGAGAAAAGAUGCACUUAACGUUGCACUAAGAAUGAUCAUCAAAGCUGAAGAGGUUGCGCGCAAAUUCGGAGGGCUUUUUACUUGUGGCAUGAUCGACGUCAGGCCUUAUUCGGCAAAUAUCAUACCUUCUGAGGCAUCUUUCACUCUAGAUUAUAGACAUGACUUUGACGAAACACUUUUCAAAAUGUUGGAAGAAGCAAAAGCGUCCUUUAGUCAGCUUGUGGAGUCCGAGGAGAUGUCUUACAAGUCCGAGCGCUUGGCUUACACGCCUGUUGUAAAUUUCAAUCCUGCAUGCGUGAAGUGCGUUUCAAAAUCUGCUUUGUCUUUAUUCAGGGAGAUAGCAGUGAAGAACAUGCAAUCGGGUGCAGGGCACGAUUCUUGCCAGGUUUCUACUCGCGUACCAACUUCAAUGAUUUUUGUUCCUUCAAAAGACGGCCUUUCCCACAAUUAUCGUGAGCACACUUCGCCUGAGGAUGUUGAAAGUGGCUUAGAGGUCCUCUUAGGAGCCGUGAUUAAUCAUGAUACAUUAAGGGCAGAAAGAUUGUAG